AUGGCCCCUGCUAUAGCUACUACAUGGACUGCUGCACCUCCCACCAGAUUCAGCUCGUACAGUGAAGCCGGAAGUAAUGUUAAAGGGUUAAAUUCACCAACGUUGCAUCAAGGGUCCUAUGAACCCUAUUUGGCUCCAAACACCUAUAGACUGUAUACGAUGCGUUUUUGUCCAUAUGCUGAGCGAAUGGUGAUUUACGUAGCAAAGAAAAAUAUCCCCAUCGAAAUCGUGAAUGUUAACCCUGACAAAGGACCGAGCUGGUAUUUGGCAAAGUCUCCACUUGGCAGUGUACCUUCUCUAGAAAUCAAUGGAAACGUGGGUACAGUGUGA